AUGGAGUAAUAGUUCUGUAAAAUUUAUGUAUUCUUUAAAUAAGAAAUAGUUUUCAGGAAAGUAUUGAAAGCGCAGGAUGCUUAAGUAUUAAUGCUCUAAAUAGUUUCUUAAAUGUUUAGAUUAAAAAUGCUAAAUUUUAGAAGAUUUAAAAUAGGCUUGUCCUCUGCAAUAAUAACAAUAAAUCCUUCAUUACUUAAAAAUAAUUUGAUAUUCUAAAAUAUGUCGAUAAUUGAUUGCGUUUCAUUAAAAAAUUAGAUUGUUAAAGUUCAGUUUAUUUCCUAAGGAAAUAAAUAAAAUUUCAUUUCAUUUGUAGAUUUAAUUAUUUACUAAAGUUAAGAAUCUUGGGUAAAUUUAUUUUAGAAUAUUGGUAUUUUGUCUGAAUCUGAAAUUCAAGAAAUAACUGGAAAAGAUAAUGCAAUAAUAUAUUCAGAGAAUUGUGAUGUUACUAUAGAAAAUGUUAUUUUUGAAGGGAUGCUUUUUUCUAGUGUAAUUAAUUUAAAUAACAUAAAUACAUUAAAUAUGGUCAAUUGCCAAUUUUAAAAUGUCUAGAAUAUAUACACAUAAAAUCUAAUUGUGAUUAGUUAAUUGGUAUAAUAAAAGUAUUAAGUUUCCUUAAGAUCUUUAAAUUUUAAAAAUGGGUCCAUGUAUUCUGCUAAUAAGUUGCCAAAUUAAGAAUACUUAUAGAUAUAAAUCAAUUAUUUCUUUUCUGGAUGUUCUAUAUAGAGUUUUUAAGUGCAAUAUUUUUAGAAAAAUUACUUUUACAGCAAUAUACUACAAUUACUACAAUAAAACUAAUAACAAAGCUCGAUAUUAUAUAUUAAGGGCUAGUCAAAUUUAGGUGUUUUUAUUUUUGAUAGGAUCCAAUUUACAAAUAAUAAUUAUUCCGCAAGUUAAUAGGGAAUCAUCCACAUUGAUGACAUAAAUUUUAAGAAGUUCCAAAUUAUUAGAUUUGAUUGUCAUUCUAAUAUUAUCAACAAGUAUGGAUGUUUAAAUGUUAUUGGGAAUUAAAAUGCUUCAAAUGUGUUUAAAAUAGAAAAUUCAAAUUUUAUUUCAAACCUUGGAACUUCAGGGGUUGCAAUAAAGAGUAGCGAUAUUCUAUUAAAGUUAAUCCAAUGUAACAUUAUGUUUAACAUUGCACUUUCUUAAGGUGGAGCUUUAUAUUUGCAAAUAAACACUAAAAGAUUCUUCAUUUCUAAAACCAUCAUAAUCUAUAAUAAAGCCCAAGAAGGAGGAGGGAUUUAUUACGAUUUGGAUGAUGAUCUCUCCAUCAAAACCUAAGUUUAGACUUUCAUAAAUUUCAAUCAGGCUGAAGUAUAUGGAAAUAAUCUAGUUGAAAAUCCCAGUUACUUGUCACUAUACAUCAAUUCAAAAGAAAUGGCUGCUUUAGAAUAUACAAUAAACAAUAUUUCAACUAGUAUCCUCAGAAUAAAUCCAUAUAUAGUAUUGGAAUAAGGAAUUAAAAGAUAAACAGAAAUGCUAAUGAUUCCUAGUUCACAAGUAAUCUACAUUUAAAGGGAGAACUACUCCAUAAUAUUUAUAAUUCAACUUGUGUAGUAUGCAGAUUACACAGUAAUCAAGGGAAGGGAUGAAAAAUAAAACUCUUCUUCAAAAUAACUCCUACAAUUUUAGACUGAGAAUAAUAAUUUUGAACUAAAUACUUUAUCUUUUAGACUUGACCCUUAUUAAAAAGACAGUCGUCACCUAUAAAUUUAAAUCUUUUGCAAAACGCAAAAAUCACAAAAUGGUAUUAAUUAUAUCAUUAAUGCAAAAAGUUUUAAAUGUUAGUUAGGAGAAUUUUAUAUAGAAGAUGGCUGUUAGACUUGCAAAUCUAGCCAAGGAUUUUAUAGUGUAACUUAUGAUACAAUUAAAUGUUCAGUUUUUGAUAAAACUAAAUUCUAAAACGGAUAUUGGAGACCUAAUUAUCUAUCCGAUGCUACUGAGGAAUGCUACAAAAAUACAGAAUUUUGUUUAGAAGGAUGGUAAGUAGUAGAUAGCACAUGUAGUUAAGGUCACAUAGUU